AUGUACUACGAUCGACUAUAUAAACGGCUGCGCGGUCGCCGCUUCGACUUUGGACUGCGACGAGUUGGAGCCGAGCGAGACGGACGGCGCUUCGUACGUGAACCCGUUGAACAUGCUCUUGGGAAUGGCUUGCGCCGAGACAGGGUUGAGACUCACGGGCGUGUGGACCGGCAUUUCCGUAAACUCUUUUUCAAAGUUGGAGGUAUCCGCGUCGUCCUUCUUGGCAUUCGGGUGGAACGGCGGCUCGGCCCAGAGAAGGCCGUCCCAGUCGACGCUCGCGAAGAACGGAUGCGCCUUGACGUUGGCGGCGCCAUGGCCCUUCAAGCCACCGAGCCGCUUGUCCGGGUCGCGGUGCAGAAGCGCGCGGAUGAGCGACGCCGCUUCGUGGCUGACAUAGUGCGGGAUCUCGAGCGGCGCAUCGCGGAUGCGGGCGUAGAGGUCCUGACGAUUCCGCGUAUACCACGGCGGCAUGCCGGUGAGCAUCUCAAAGAGCACCAUGCCGAGGCCCCACCAGUCGACGGCGGUGCCAUGGCCCUUGCGCGCGAGGACUUCGGGUGCUAG